GGGCUGUUGGCAUACUGCGCGCCGGUUUGAUUCCCUUACUCAUAUCCAAAUUGAAGACUGAGCCAGAUGAAAUCCAGGAGCUAAUACUCGACACACUCUCCAACUCUCUACGUGUGGAGGCUUCUGAAGCUCUAGCAACUGGUGCCAUUGCUAUCCUGAAGGAAAAGCUCACACACACAUCAGUGGCCAUUAAAAGCAAAGCAGCUUGGGCCCUGUUAGAAAUUGGCACUCAUCCCGAGGGAAAAAGCAGGCUGUGGGAAGAAGUUAUUCCAGUGCUGGUGAGCCUGCUGGAAGACACAGAUCCUGAAGUUCAAGCUAGUGCAGCGGGAGCACUGAUGUUUGCUACUGUGAAACCUCAGGGGAGAUUCGCAGCCCUGGGUGCUGAAGCCAUUCCACCUUUACUGAAGUUAGUUGCUGAGGAAACAAGCAAAGCCCGUCUGAGUGCAAUCAAAGCCCUCACCAUGCUGGCUGAGGUACCAGAGGGCCGCAAGACACUCCUGGGUCAUACAGAUACGUUUCAGCGAUGCCUGAGUGAUCCCUGCGAGGCAGUGACCAGAGCUGCCAGAACUGCCAUCAGCGUCAUCCAGUGGAAACCCUUCUGA